AACACUCAGAAUUGGAAACACUUGAAAAGUUGUCUCGUGCACUCUAAAGAUUGCAAUGACCUGCCUAAGAAGUAUAAGAAUCUUAAACAGUUAAAAAUGGCAAAAUUGACCCCCAUAGAAGCUGGUUGUUGUCGUCCGCCAGCCGAGUGUGGGUAUCCUGCAAAAAAUGCUUCGUUCUAUGACCUCAGUUUCCGUCCGAUCAGCACUGCCAUUGACUGCAAACUUUACAAAAAUAUCCGAGCAGUCAAGUGCUACAACUGUGAUUCUUGCAAAGCUGGAGUUGCUCAAUAUAUGAAAUCUGAAUGGAGAGUAGUUGCAAUUUUUAAUGUGAUCCUGUUUGUGGUUUUGGUAAGAAGCUCUUCACCUUUUCUAGGCUUGUAUAAGAACCAAUGGAAUCCUCGGGUGCAUAACCUGGUGACGAGAAGUUACUACUCUUGAUUUCAGUCAUCCAAAUCCAGUGGGUUAACCAUUGACAUUAGGCGGAAAUGAAAGCUUAAGUGGAUUCACACAAGGAUCGGAUGAUUGAAAACAAGAGUUUGUUUCUGGAUCAUGAUCAGAAGAGAUCUGCAUUUC